CGAUUUUCUUUUCUGUUUACCGAUCUUCAGCUCACAUGUCCGAUAACGUAGCGCACGCACUCUCUGGAGCCGGUGGUGGCGUCAUUGCAAUGGCCGUAACCUAUCCGCUGCUGGCUAUUAGUUCUCGUCUUCAAGUGCAAAAAGACAAUACGGAAGGUCAAGCGUACAAGAAUACCAUCGAUGCUUUCAUCAAGGUAGUGAAAGCCGAGGGCCUGACAGGAUUGUAUUCGGGAUUGGGCUCUGGCAUGUUUGCCAUGGCGGUAAAUAACGGCGUCUAUUACUACUGUUACGAAGCUUUCAAGGCUGUGCUUGAAAAGGCCAAGAAGAAGCCGGCUCCUAUGACCAUCCCCGAAGCCAUGGCAGCGGGAGCGGUGGCUGGCAUCACCGUGGCCAUUGUCACUCAUCCCAUUUGGACGGUCAAUACACGAAUGACGGUCGCCCGAUCAUUAAAGGACAAGACCAUGUCGGCCGAAGCCGACAAGAGUGCUUUGGCUGUGGCGUUAAGCAUUCUGAAAAAGGAAGGACUAUCAGGAUGGUACUCGGGUCUUCAAGCGGCCCUGGCUUUGGUGCUGAAUCCAAUUAUACAAUUCACGCUAUUUGAACAAAUCAAAAAGAAGCUCCUCAUCCAACGAAAACUCACCAGCGUCGACUUUUUCGUCCUGGGCGCUUUGACAAAAAUGUUUUCCACCGCCAUCACAUACCCUUACCUCGUGAUCCGAUCUCGUAUGCAAGUCCGAACACAGAAAGAUGAACAAUAUACCUCGCUUUCGGAUGCGUUCCGCAAGAUCAUUGCCGCUGAAGGCGUCAAGGGUUUGUACAAGGGAAUCUCCAGCAAGCUUGUGCAGAGCGCCCUCACGGCGGCUUUCCUCUUCAUGGCAAAAGAGGCGCUCUUUGGCUGGACCGUGAAAGCAUUGGUCGCCACCGGAGCUCGACGACCGGCUAAACACUAAGUUAGAGGCACCCAGAAUCCGAUGUGCCUAUAAAACGACAUACGGCUGGCUUGUUCUUCCCCAUAGACCCUUUAUUCAUAAUAUGAAUAGCAAUAAAGCUUAUAGAAUAUGUAUUAUCGACUUUGACGUAUUUAUCUCUUCUCAUCCGCCUCUACCAUCGACUCAUCGUAAAGAGUAUAUGAUACAAUGUUUGUUUUUUAUUGUCUGACAGCC